UGAUCCAGUGGCUGUCAGGAUGUACACAGCAUCUCGAAGGCUUGUGGGUUGAGCAGCCGCCUCCUCCUCCUCCACAGUGGGGAACUCCUGGGCAUGUGACUGCUGGAGUUAAGAUGGCAGCUCUGUCUGAACCCUUAGGUCUGGAGAGAGAUGUAUCCCGCGCAAUUGAGCUGCUGGAGAGAUUGCAACGAAGCGGAGAAAUGCCGCCGCAGAAACUGCAAGCACUGCAACGUGUUCUCCAGAGCAAGUUUUGUUCCGCCAUAAGAGAGGUGUAUGAGCAGUUGUACGAUACCUUAGAUAUAACUGGUAAUGCAGAAAUAAGGGCACAUGCCACUGCCAAGGCCACAGUUGCGGCCUUUGCUGCCAGUGAAGGUCAUGCCCACCCAAGAGUCGUGGAACUCCCAAAAACAGAUGAAGGUCUAGGCUUCAAUAUAAUGGGAGGCAAAGAGCAAAACUCCCCUAUUUACAUCUCACGUAUUAUUCCUGGUGGGGUGGCAGAUCGCCAUGGAGGACUGAAACGCGGAGACCAGCUUCUGUCUGUCAAUGGAGUGAGUGUGGAGGGAGAGCAGCAUGAGAAGGCGGUGGAGCUCCUGAAGGCAGCACAGGGAACAGUGAAGCUGGUUGUACGUUAUACACCAAAAGUGCUGGAGGAAAUGGAGGCCAGAUUCGAAAAAAUGAGGACGGCUCGACGUCGGCAGCAGCAGACUAGUUACACGUCUCUUGAGUCUCGAGGAUAAUUAUUCCUUCUAAUGUUCCGGAGAAUUCAUGAGCUUCGGACCCUCCACUAUGUAUUUAUUGACACAACUCAUCACUGACCCGUGUACAGUAUUUAUUUCAGUUGUGUUUGUAUGAGAGUUCAGGGGGAGUGUAAUGGUUUGGGGAGAAUGUUGCAAAGAGCUUGGGGAGAAAUGGGAACAUGUGGUGCUGUUGAUUAUUAUCUCCUCAUGGUCUUUAAAUUCGGAUCAUUGAACUGGGGAAUUGUAAGUCUGUAUCUCUGAACAUAUUCAAUGGGGGGAGAUUUAUCAAAACCUGUCCAGGGGGGAAGUUGCCGAGUUGCCCAUAGCAACCAAUCAGAUCGCUUCUUUCAUUUUUAAAAAGGCCUCUGGGAAACGAAAGAAGCGAUCUGAUUGGUUGCUAUGGGCAACUCAGCAACUUUCUCCCUGGACAGGUUUUGAUAAAUCUUCCCCAUUGCCUUUGCAAACCUGGGGCAGCCAUUGUUCCUUUAUACGGCGUGUUACCUUCUGAAAGUCCUAAUUUAUCAUCGUUUAUCAUCAGCUUUGAGAAGGAAUCCUGUUCUCUUCCGGCUGAGAUAGUGCUAACAUGGUACCUUAUAUUAUAUAUGGUGGGCAUAUUGGGAUACACAGUGCCAUCAGCAUUUGAUCCUUGGCUCCCAUAUCCUUAAAAUGUAAUACUUAAAGGGGUUAUCCAGGAAAAAACUUUUUUUUAUAUAUCAACUGGC